UUCAUGACGUCAUUUUCGUCGGUGUCCAUUUAAGAUAAGUCGUACUUAGAGUGUUAUUUUUUCGUUUCAAUCAACUUUCUUAAAUUCUUUCAAAAUGAGUUUCUUAAACGAAUUGAAUCACAAACUUUUUACAGCAAGUCUGGCUGGAAUAACUGCACUUCUAGGUGCAAAUACGUUCAUGGGAUAUUAUCAUCACAAAAAAAUCAGAGAAUCCGGAUUUUACAAAAACUCUCUGGAAUUGGUUAGGAGCUACCCCCCAGCAGUGGAACAUUUGGGGGAACCAAUCUUAGGAAGGCGGAUAACGUACUCUGAUCCCAGCAACACCCUGACAGAUACCGACGUCUGUGUGGCCAUUCCCUUGUUUGGUCCAAAGGGGGAGGCAACCAUGUACACAUGGUCACGGAGAAGAUCAAUGCAGGACGAAUGGAUUAUUGACAGAUUAGACUUAAAAAUUCCCAGUGUUGGUUGUUGGACAUUUUAUACAAAAGACAGACAAGCUGGAGAGGAGUAGACAUCAUUAAAAAGAUGUCGCCUGGUUACGCCUGAUCUGUGAUAUUUAUUUGUGGAGAUGUAGUAGACAGCCCAUCAUGAAUGACAGGACAGUGGUUUUUCCUUGGGGAUGAGUACUCCUUGGUUGUCUGUGUCCAUGUCAUUGACCUGUGAACCUACCAAUAACACACACACAAUAACUGUUUAUGUACCUUAACGUUGCACAUAUACAGUAGUGCAGCAAUCGUGUUAUGGAGGGCUGACAUUUUUUCAUGACAGUUUUACCAGUUCUAUGUUUAAGGAGUCUCUCCUGAAGUUGCAGAGAGGAAGCAUUUUAAUAAAAUUGUUGGCAAAUAAAUCAAAUGAAAUACAUUGUAA